AUGUCAACCGAAACAUUGUAUGGUGGUUCCAUAAAGGAGGGCGUGUUUCAGAAGAAAGGAGGGCACGGAGGUUUUUAUCAUACGACCCCUGCGACUUGGAGGAUGAAUGAUACGACAACGACGGUGGUCGAUGGCACACGAGAUCAGAUAGCUCGUGUUCAGUUGACAAUUCCUUCAAUGUAUUUUCAGAAGUACCACAUUAGGGAGGACCGGGAGCUGAGUGACGUAACACGUAUUGCGCUAGAGAACAAAGGGUUAUAUGGUUGGUGGUCGUCGAAGUCAUGUUCUCCAUGUCCGGGGUCUGUGGUAUAUACGAAUCCGCAAAGACGUUGGGUGGAGACGGAUAAGAGACUGGAUGAGGUGACGAAGAUCGAGAGGUUGCGACACGAGGUAGAGACGAUGGGUUACAACGACCACACGAAGAUAGCGGAAUUGUUGCGGGAAGAGGAGCAAUUGAAGGGCGUGCGAUGUUACUGCGAUAACCACCAAGGCUCUAUUCUAGUUCACCGCACGUCGCGUGGUGGGCAGCAGGCCAUCAAAGCCAUCCCUUGGGCGGACCUACAGAAGCCGCUGAUGCUCGGGACCAGUUUAUUCAGACUGGCAGCUGAUGGAGAGUUGGAAAUUCAGGCCUUCACUUCGGACAUUCGCAAGGUCCUAAAAAGAUCCAAACUGGCCUGGUACGUAUUCGGGUUCAAAGCGGAAGCGGCCGGGGAAGGAGAAGUUAGCGGCAAAGGCGUCAUGGGGGCUCGGGAUAUGCGGACUGGCGGUGGCGCCAUGACCCAUGUGGACACCCAGCAUCCAAACAACCACGCAGUAGGCCAUCCCGUCCAUUACAACUGGAUUGAGCGCCUCCUGGAUGUAGACAUUAACCCCUCCCCUGCUAAGACGCCGCCUCCACAACCAAGCCAACUUUAUGACGGAAAUUCGCAUUACGAAGGUAUCCGCCGAGUGCCAUACUGCCACGCCAAAGAUAAGACCUCAAGCACGACGCAGAUCUUCAAAAGAUUCAUGCCGUCAUUCCCCAACUGGUUCAAGCCCAUUAACCAAGACUCUUCGAACACAGUCAUCUGGGACGAGUCUGCUGGCACUGACGGGAAAGCCGGAGUUUCCAAGGGUGGAGUGGUCCUCAAGGAUAAAGUCUCGCAUGAUGGGGAGCAUGAACCGUCUUGUCCUUUGAGCCAGCAGUUCCAGGAGAGGCGGGACCGCAAAAUUCAGUCGGAACGUGCACGGCGAAGACAAGCUGAGAGAAACGCACGAAGGCUAGUCCGGCUUUUGAACAAGAAGAAGGCGCCGCUGCCACCACCGAAAUUGGUCCCGCCUGUCCAGGAGUCCCCGCCAACUCCAGAUCGACCCCACUCGCCUCGGAGUCGGUCGCCCCGCGGUUCGAAACCCAGGUCUCCCAGAGGGGUCGGCCGGGAAGGCUUAAGUCCCCGGGCCGGGAUGAAGCAAAGGAGCAUCAAAUUUACUUCUGACCCCAGUCGAAAUAGUCCUAGUGCUAGUCUCAGUCCUAAGGUGCCUGAGCCGGAGGUGGUGUCUAAGAAGGUCACGACAAAGACAAACACAAGUCGUGAUGAAGACGGGAACUUAAUCGUGGACAAGAUCACCACAACGGUCACGGACUACCGACAGGAAGUGCCCGUCUUGCCUGUUUCGGUGACUCCCCCGCCUCCGGCGCCUGUGUCCAAAAGCGCGACUUCGAGUGACUCCUCGUCAUCGACGGGGUCUGAGAUAUCGUCAGACAUCCCCGUGCUCGAACGAAUUGAGAGGCAGAGGAAGUCGUGGAGACUACCGCACUUGGAAAAAGUGUACACCACCUCGUCCAGCAGCGGGUCCGAGUUCGGCAAAAAGGACCUUGGCAAGAAACGUUUUGCAUUCGAAGGAUGGAUCAGAGGUGGUAGAGGAGGAGCGGAAGAACUGAGUGACUCUGACCUGAGUACAAUUGGCUCCAAUGUAACUUGUCAAUGUCAGAAUAGACGAGCCGUAGACGGUGGAGAUGGUGAUGGUGGACGAGAUGGUGAUGGUGGACGAGAUGGUGAGAGCGAUAUAUCAUCUCUUUGGUCGUUUGCGAAAAAAAUGUGGAAUCGGUUAACAACAGGCGAUGGGGAGAUCUGGGUGGCGAAGGAGUUUGAAUUUGAUCGUGAAAGCCGUUUGCUUUACCAGAUGAUUGAUACGGCUUUGCGUGCUCGAGAAAAGAUAAUUUUACAACAGAACUACGGUUACAAGGGUCCGUUGAAGUUUACGUUGUCAGAUUUUUUGGAGACCGUGAUGCCUUUCAUGUCUGCUACCAUUCUCGGUCGGGACACCAAGGAAAUGCUUUUACAGAAUGCCGGCUGGGGUGAAGGCGAGGGGACGGAUAACGAUCUAUCGGAUGAUUUGCGGAACUCGGUAGCUUAUCGGCUACAUCGCGACCGGUCUAACAAUAAUAAUGCCGUUCUAAACGACCUGCUGGGAUAUAAUGUGGGUGCCUACAAUGGUGUGGGCAGUGUCCGCGACCAGAUGACACGGGUAGCUCCGAAUCCACACACUCUGGAACCUACGAAUUGCAGCGUCCUCGACAUUCUGGACCCGCUGCAAGAACAAGUGGCACGACGGGUUAAAGAGUUUAGGCAAAUUUGUGAGGCCACUCCCUCGCCCCUGGACAGCGGCUGGGACCGUUUCGGUCAAGCCACCAUCAGCGACCAAAAUGUCGAAAGGGAUCUGCGUCUGGCGACCAUGGAUGGGCGACUGGAUGGCGCAGAUGACGAAGAAGACGUGGUGCCUUACUGGCUCAACGGCGACAAGGAACGACGAGAUAACAUUCGCGAUCAACUGGCAGAAGUUGUUACGGAAUAUAAAUUUCUCACCAAGUCGUUACGGGAAUAUACCAACCAUGAACAGUUCCGCUACAACCGUCCGGUUAAUGCUCUCUAUGAAAGCGCCGAGCGAACUCCCCGACGGAUGCCUUGUAUUGGUAAUGUGGAAAGUCCUUGGUUCAACAACCAACGCAGACAGGCAGGAGCAGACCGGGGUGGUAAGACCGGGACAGACCGGUUAGUGGACCAAGUUGUCGACCAGGUGGUGAAGAAAUUACCUUUGGAGACCGGAGAGGGCCUCGACACCAAUGUUAGUCGGCGACCCCGGUUACAACUUGGUGAAGAGCCUGCACGACUCGCUUCUGUAUUUGGUCCCAGCUUAAUUGAGGACCUACGGAGCCGGCCGCGUCUUGAUCUGUAUAACUACGAAGAUAGUCCUCGAAGACCCCGAAGACGAAAUCUUCCCAUGUUCCGGGAUCCUGAUGACGAGGGUUCGAUUCAUGGGGACCGAACUCCCAUGAUUUUCAGCUCGUCCUCUUUAAGCGGGGAAGCAGAUGAUGAUGUCAUAGAACACGAGACCAACAUUAGGGAUCCAAAAGGCGUGAUAGAACCGCAGACAACCACUAGGGGUGCACCGGAUAAUACCUGGAGGGAUCCUGGCAAGCGGAACGAACAUGGCAACGAACAUGAUAACAAACAUGGUAAGCACGACGAACAUGGUAAGCACGACGAACAUGGCCAGCACGAUGAACAUGGUAAGCACGAUGAACAUGGUAAGGGACAUGAUAACCGCAACGGGCAUGCUAAGCGGGGCGAAUCGCCGCCAGAUUAUAAGCUGAAAGACAUCACCGCAAAUAUCACGGACAAAUACCGCUAUUAUCCAGGCCUGGAUCCGGCGACGGGAAGGCCCCUUCCUCGUGGCGUCCCUAUUCCUGGGCUUGAGGGCGACACCGUCGAGAAGGAAGAAAGAAUAAAGGCGGAGAAGCAAAGGAAGAAACAAGAGAGGAAGCAGGAGAAAGAUAAAGGCAAGGAAGGUGAAGGCAAUGAGGGCGAAGGCAAGGAAGGUGAAGGCAAUGAGGGCGAAGGCAAAGGCAAAGAGAAGAUUGAUAACAAGAGUAAGGACAAGGAGAUGUCUGGUCUCAAGGGCAAAGUAAGUGAUCUCAAGGGCAAAGUAAGUGGUCUCAAGGGCAAGAAGGACAAGGAGCAAACUUCUGAUGAGAAGAACAAGAAAGUUGGUGCCUAUACCGGAGACCAGGACGGUGAUGGCAUGAGAGGGACCCCGAGCAAGCCCCGGCACGGCAAGCCGCGUGGAGCUGAUGACAGACACGGCGACGGUGCGGUUCAGCUCGAACAGACCAUGGAGAGGCACAAGAAGGAAGGUACCAAGGUAGGACUUACCCCGGAUGGACCAUCCAGUGUGGGACUGAACGAGUCUCCUGGAAGCCGUAGUAAAGCUGCAGCUCGUGCUCUGGAGAGCACCGGUAUACUUGGACCGGCAUAUCCCGAGAUCCCCCUUUCGUAUUACCGGGCAACUGGGGAGAGCAUGUUCAGUAUUGCCCAUCGUGCGUUUUACUUUAAUUGGCUUGCGGUAGUCGGUGCCCUGGAGAUCCUCCGAGAGAUCUUCGACUAG